AAUUAAUUUUGAAUAAAAAAUAGUGAGAAUGACAUUUAUAGUGAAGACAAGAAAAGUGUUACUUAAUAAAUUGUUGAAUAGAAGAUAAUUAGUAAGAAAUGAGUUAAAUAAAAGAGUGUUGAAUUGUUACAUCCAAAUAAGGCCACUCCAUCAUAGGAAUCAAUAGUAAAGGAAUUAGCUUAAAAGUACAAAGCAGAUGAGAGAAAUGUUGUUGUUUAUGGAUUAAGAACAUAAUUUGGAGGUAAUAGAACAACAGGAUUUGCUUUGAUAUAUGACACAUAAUAGUAAUGAGUAGAUAGAUAAUAUUAGAUAUCUUUUGAAAUUUGAGCCAAAGUUUAGAUUAAGAAGAAGAGGGAUUAUUCCAAAGAGAGAUGGUAGUAGAAAAGGAUGGAAGGAAGUUAAAUCAAAAUUAAAGAAAACAAGAGGAUCUGAAAAAACUAAAAUCUAUAUGUCAAGAAAAACUGAUAAGAGAGAAGUAAUAAGAGCUUAGAAAGAAACUUAUCUUAAAGGUUUUGUCGGAAAAUGAUAGCAAUUUAUUGAAAUUAAAAGAGUACAUUAUAAAUUAAUUUAUAUAUUUA